AUGUUUGAAAAAGCAGAAAGUUCUGCUGACAAGGUUCCAGCCAAAUUAGAUUUCAAAGUUGUUUUGUUUGAGCCUGUUCCAGCUUUCAAAACUUUCAACCUAAGCUUUGAUUACACAGAGGCGGGUCUAACUUCGGCGCAACUGCUCGUAACCAAGAUGUUCCUGAACUACUGGAAGCAAGAGAAACAGCUGGUCUUCAGCUCCAAUGUCUCCGUCAAAACCCGUAGGUUGCCAGAUAAAGUCAUGGAUGUGUACGAGACGUAUCUCAUCUACCUGCCUGCCAUCUUUAUUGUGUUCACGGUCAUGUCGACUGUUGUUAUAGUAGAGGAGAAGACAUCAUCCAUUCAAGAUGCUUUGAAAAAUGCGGGGGUAUCUCAAACUGUCUAUUGGAUUUCGUGGAUUCUUUAUCGGAUGAUUGUGGGCCUUCUGAGUUCUGGCGUUGCUAUUGUGUACUGGUUACGUAAGAUGGACACUGGAUAUACACAAUAUGUAUCAAAAACCAAGUUCGUCAUUUGGAUUUUGCUAACGGUUCUUAACAAUUUGACGUUUGCGUCCGUGUUGGCAUGUUUACUUCCAAGUAGGUUGGUCGUAACCUCUACCACAGUCUUCUACGGCUUGUUGAACGCUCUGUCCUACGCCCUUACCUCCGCUAAAGUAACGUCCAUCAAAAUUUUGGCUGGGUUGUUGCUUUUUUCACAUGGGAAUAGGAUUUGUGUUGACGCCGUCUUUUCUAAGGAGAUUUUGUAUGGCAAUUUGAAGGAUAGUGAUAGACUGGACAACCAGUUCAUCGAAGGGGCAAUGUACAUGUUUUUCAACAGUGUAAUCAACGCCGUGGUGGUCUUGGCUGUUGAAGUUAUCUGCAAUAUCAAAAAAAAGCACAUAAAACGAACUAACGUGGGGCCUGUACCGCCAGUACAAAAUGACAAAUGUUUUGAAACUGCCACAGGAGAAGACGCUUUUGGGAUUGUUAUUAGAGAUCUUGUUAAAGUGUACGGUGAAGACACAGUUGUGUCUGGUAUCAACUUAGAUAUCUACAAGGACCAGAUCACUAUGUUGCUGGGUCACAAUGGCGCUGGGAAAACAACGACACUGUCUAUAAUCUCAGGUGUGACGUCAAUAACUAAAGGUAAAGUAACAAUCAACGGCUCUGACGUCAGUAGUAGAGGCAUUAGAAGAACAGUGGGAUAUUGUUCUGAUGUAGAUACCUUGUUUCCAAACCUUACUUCCUUUGAGCAUUUAGUCUUCUACUCAAAGACCGUCAUCCUGGAUGAGCCUUCAACUGGACUGGAUCCAGCCUCCAGACAAGACAUGUGGAGAGCUUUGAAAAGUUGGCGCCAAGGUCGAACUAUUUUUAUGACCACACAUUUUAUGGAUGAGGCCGAGAACUUGGGUGACAGGAUAGCCAUCAUGGAGAAAGGCAGGAUCAAGUGCUGUGGGACUCCAAUGUUUCUCAAGAACAUUUUUGGACUGGAGCACAAGCUAACCAUUGUCAAGGGAGACAACUGCAAUGGUCACAAGGUUGUCAAACACGUCACGUCUUGUAUUAGAGAAGCCAUUUUUCAGACGUCUAACGCCACAGAUCUCAUUUUUUCAUUGCCCGGAAGUAGUGGCAGUGAGAUUCCAAGGCUGCUGAGUAGCCUGGAAAAUGAGAUGGAAUCACUGCAUAUAACCUCGUACAGGCUAGCACCAACCUCCAUGCAGGAUGUCUUCACAAGGAGCCUGCAAGAAGAUUUUGUCAAUGAGUAA